AUGUCGACAGUGUACGAGAGCGACCUCUAUUUCCAUUUUCAUCCUUUUCGCGAAAAACCAAGAGCACAGUUUGGUCGAGAACCAUUUUCUCGAUCUGCUGAUUAUAUUAAAGGUAUGUUUAGUCUCAGAGAAAAAAAUUCAGAGGAGCAAUCACCAAGCACUGGCUACUUUCACUUAUUCUUAAAUUCAUCUCAGCAGGAUCCCAAAGCAUACAUGAAACCAUCUCGUUUAGCACGUCGUUUUAAUAAGAAAGGCCGUCAGCAAAAGAAAAUCGUCAUUGAACAACAUUCAUCAACUAAUGUUAUUGUUGAAGGAGAAACGACGACAGCUGACAAUAAUUCAAUUUUGCCAUCAAAAAAACGAACCACUCAUGCUAUUCAUCAAAAAGCACCUGCCAAACGUAAAUUGUCAAAAAAAGAACGUAAACGUCUUGAAAAAGUGCUUGAUGUUAAAAAGAAAAAAGCUAAAAGAGUCGAAUUACUUGAUCAAUUAGGUCAAAUACAAAUUUCUAAUGAAGAAUUAGCUCUUCUACAUUCAGUAAAAAACAUCGGUAGUAAAGCGAAAAGGCAACCAUUUGAUUCUCAUUCUUCAACACUUACUUCUUCGCCGUUGGUUAAUUUUACUCCACUUUCAAAAAAACGUCCAGCUCAACUACCGACUGAAUCUAUUCUAAAUGAGUCAGAAUCAAGUUCAGAUGAAGAUGACGAUGAAACUAUAAAUGAUGAAGAAAUUCGUAAAGCUUUAGCUCCUUCUCAACCAACAAUACCAGUAGUAGCAGUUCCUUUGCCUACUAUCAAAAAACGACAACGUGAAGAUAGUACAAGUAGUACCGAAGAAACAAAAAUCGAUAUUCCAGCUCGACCACAUGCUAAUGUUCAAGUCGAUCGUAGUGAAGAAAUGCAAGCACUACGUUCACAAUUACCAAUUAUUACCGAAGAACAAGCUAUCAUGGAAGCUAUUCAUGAUAAUCUUGUUGUACUUAUUUGUGGAGAAACUGGUAGCGGUAAAACAACUCAACUACCUCAAUUUCUUUACGAAGCUGGCUAUACUCUCGAUGGUAAAAUGAUUGGUAUUACUGAACCAAGACGUGUAGCUGCUAUAUCAAUGGCAAUACGUGUUGCACAAGAAUUAAAUUUAACGAAUGAACAAGUUUCAUAUCAAAUACGUUAUGAAGGUACAUUUAAACAAGAUACAACACGUAUUAAAUUUAUGACCGAUGGUGUUCUAUUGAAAGAAGUUCAAAAUGAUUUUUUAUUAACUAAAUACAGUUGUAUACUGAUCGAUGAAGCGCACGAACGUAGUGUUGCAACAGAUGUUUUAAUCGGUUUACUCUCACGCAUCGUACCCAUUCGUUGUCGACGAAAUGAUCCACUUCGUCUUGUUAUCAUGUCAGCUACAAUGCGUAUAGAAGAAUUCGUCAGUAAUCGCCAUUUAUUUAAAUUAAAACCAAAGAUCAUUAAUAUUGAUGCAAGACAAUUUCCGGUUACAAUUCAUUUUAAUAAGAAAACACCGAAAAAUUAUAUUAAUGAAGCAUUUAAAAAAGUUUGUAAAAUUCAUCGGCAAUUACCAUCCGGUGGCAUCCUGGUGUUUGUUACGGGUCAACAAGAAGUUCAAACAUUGUGUCAUCAAUUGAGAAAAAAAUUUCCAAUGACAACACAAACAGAAGAUGAUGACGAACCACAAUUUAAAACAAAAAAAUUUAGAAAAGAGAAAAAAACAACCAACGACAAUAAAACUCCAUUGGAUAUAAUCGAUGAAGAAGAACUUGAACAUUUACAAUCGGAUAUUGAUGAAGACGAAGAAAAGGAACAAGAACAAGAAGAAGAAUGUACAAUCACAAGCGAUCUUGAUGAUGAAGAUACGAAUGUAAAAGGAAUAUCUUUUGAACCACUUUAUGUUCUUCCAAUUUAUGCAAUACUUUCAUCAGAAAAACAAGCUCGAGUAUUCGAACCUCCACCACCGGGCACACGUUUAUGUGUUGUAGCGACUAAUGUUGCUGAAACAUCUAUUACCAUAUCCAAUGUAAAAUAUAUUGUUGAUUGUGGCAAAGUCAAAACAAAGUAUUAUGAUAAAUUAACUGGCGUAUCAACAUUUCGUAUCGAAUGGACUUCCAAAGCAUCAGCUAGUCAGCGAACAGGUCGUGCUGGUCGAACAGCGCCUGGUCAUUGUUAUCGACUUUAUUCAUCAGCUAUCUAUAAUGAUUCGUUUGCAGAAUAUACAGCUCCAGAAAUCGUUCGAAAACCUGUUGAAGAUCUUGUUUUACAAUUAAAAACGUUAAAUAUUGAUCGUCUUGCUAAUUUUCCAUUUCCGACAUCACCGGAUUUGAAAGCAAUCAAUGUCGCUGAACAGCUUCUCGUUCAGUUAAACGCACUAGAUAGUAAAUCACCGACGAAAACAAUUACUGAACUAGGUCGUCGAAUGUCAGCAUUUCCAAUCAAUCCCAGAUACUCAAAAAUGCUUGUUAUUGCACAAGAAAAUAAAGAUAUAUUACCCUAUGUACUUGCACUUGUUGCAGCACUUAGUGUCAAUGAAGUAUUAACCAGUGGACUAGUUAAAAUUCAAAAAGAUAGUCAAGAACUUUGCAUUAAUCUAGAUGAUGUCAGACGACAAUGGAUAGGACAAGGAGAAACACUUUUAUUUGGUGAUAUGAUGGUUUUACUGAAAGCUGUUGGUGCAUUAGAUCAUCAAAAUUCAAAAAACGAUCUAUCUAUUUGUACACGUUAUGGAUUAAGACCAAAAGCUAUGGCUGAAAUUCGUAAAAUUCGUCGACAAUUAACGCAAAUCGUGAAAUCAAUAUUACCCGAAACAGCAACAGUACUCGAUGCUCGUCUUCUACCACCUAGCGAGCAGCAAAUAUGUCUAUUACGUAAAGUGCUUGCAGCUGGUAUGGUCGAUCGUUUAGCCAAGAAAAUCGAAGGAUCUGUUGUGAUUAAUGGCCAUAAAGCAAAUAAUGCCUAUCAGACUCUCCUACUCGAAGAACCGGUGUUUAUUCAUCCAUCAUCCGUGCUUGCAAAUGAUUCACCACUAUUUGUUUGUUAUCAAGAAUUACAUGAAACAAGUCGAAUAUUUAUCAAAGAUAUUUGCGCUAUUCAAAUGGAUUGGAUUGUUCAAUUAAAUCCACAUUUAUGUUCAUUUGGUCCAAUUGAAGAGGAGCCAUCGCCACGUUACGAUGAAACUCAAGAUAAAUUGCUUUGCCAUCGUAAAGCAACCAUAGGUCAACGAGUCUCGUGGUCAUUGGGUACACCUGUUGAAACAAUUUUUUCAAAUAAUACAGUUGAUCGUUAUCGUUGGUUUGCAAAGUUUUUUCUCGAUGGUAUUAUUUGUCCACGUCUUUUACAAUUUCGUCCUGCUCUAUUAUGUUCAUCUAAUGCCAUGGUUAAAUCCUGGGCGUCACUCAUGGAACGAACACAAUUAUUGAUAAAUGCAUUAGCAGCAAAAGACAUUGAUAGUCGAAUACAAUUGAAAGAAGUUUGGUCAACACAACCGAAAUAUCUACUUGAUGUCUAUUGUAAUUGGUUACCGGAAUCAUUACAUGCUCAAGUUAGAUCUCUAUGGCCACCAGUACCGUCUGUUUUGAAAAAAUAA